AGUAGUGCCCAUCGAUCGCGCAUCGAGCGCGAUCCUCUAAGCUUUUGCGUGCGACCCGGCGAGAGCGCGUAUUAUCGGAAGCGGGCGAGUGAGCGGUUAUCGGUGGUGCCCGGCCUGGCGAUCUCUACCCGUGGGGUCCCGGAGAUAAGGAGGAGGACUGCGACGUCGUCGAGCUACAUCGCUGCUUUCCACCCUCUACCGUCGCGCAUGCGCGAGAAAACCCGGCCCGUCUAUCAUCACUGCUCCGCAGUAGCAAGAUUUCGCAUUCACGAUUUUGAAUUUACUAUCGUUAUAAUGACGACCAAUUGCACCGACAACAACGUGCAUUGCGCAGAACAAGAGCUGACCAGUGAAGAUAAGAAAUAUGCAGCGGCACAUUUGAAUGAAACGGACGAAAUUAGAGAAAGCGCCAUCGCGGAGAUUAGAUGCUGGAUAGAAGAGAGUGGUCAUUUGCCCGGACAAAUCGAUGAUGAUUUUCUUAUUCUUAUGAUUUUUGAGAGUCUGCAAAUUUAAUCUUGAGAAAACCAAGGAGAGAAUAAGAAACUAUUGUAAGCACCGAUCCGAUUUACCGGAAUGGUUCAAAAAUAUGGAUCCGUUUCGAGCGGAACUACAAGAAUUGCUUGAAAUGGGAGUUGUAUUGCCUCUUCGAAAGCCGGAUAAUCAGGGAAGAUUAAUUUUCAUCAUACGCGGAAAUCUGCAUGAUCCAAGAAAACACAAAAUACCAGAUCUAGCUAAGAUCUGUAUACUGGUGUUAGAAACAAUGAUGAAGUAUUAUCCAGCUGGAUCUAUAUAUGGUUACUCAGUUUUCGUAGAUACAAAUAAUCUAUUUAUACGUCAGAUUUUACAAUUUACACCUUUUGUCUUAAGAAAUAUGGUCCACACAUUUCAAAAGUGCUAUCCUAUGAGAUAUCACAAGAUUGUUGUUUUUAAUACGCCAAAAGCGUUCGAAGUUAUUAUCGAGAUUAUGAAAACUUUCAUGUCGGAGAAGUUAAAAAAUAGAUUUCACGUCUACUCACACAAGCAUUGUUUCGAAGAUAUUCCUGCUCAUAUCUUACCUGUCGAAUAUGGUGGUACCGAUGGAACACUUGAGGAAUUAACAGUACAUUGGAAAAAAUUGAUCGAGAAGAAUCGUGACUGGAUUACGAAAAUGACGGAAUGAAAUAAUAUUUUGGACUAGAUUUAGAAACAGCAGAAAGUAUAAUAUCUAAAUUUCUAAACAAGAAAUAAAUAUUAAUAUUCACCAAUAUUCAUUCGUCAAUAUUAAUACUGAGUAUUUAUUAAUACUAGUAUUGGCAAAAAAGUAUUAGCCAAUUUAGUAUUAAAUACUCAAUACUCAUUUUUUGUAAGGAAAAGUACUGGUUUAUUUGUAAUUUCUAAAUUUUGAUAACUGAUCACAAAUCAUGAUGAACAUUCAUUGCCUAUUCUUUAAUUGUGACAAUGUUUUAUCUGACUUGCGUAACAUAUUUUUCAUUAUUUUUAUAUAGUUUUCAAAAAAACUAUCAAGGCAUCCAAAUUUCUUGACGUCUUGGGACAAAUGUAUCAAAUUGUGUAUAAGUUACAUUUUGUUGCCAUAUAAUAUUUUAAUCGUUUUUAUAAAAUAUAUUAGUAAAUCAUUUACGUAUAUUUUAUUGUAUGAACAGUCUUGUGGGCAACGUAAAAUUUGUGUGGCCGUAUGUAAUACACAAAAAUGUUUAAAAUAAUCUUUGUUCAGAUAUUUGUUAAAAAUAAUAGGUUCAAGAUGUAGAAGAAGACAAUCGAAAUGCUGUGGCUUUCUAACGAUCAGCUUCAUUGAUUCUACCGCAUGGAUGUUGAGAAAAUUGUUUGCGAACAAGAAACGAUGAAUAGAUCAAGAAACUUUUAGAGUAAUAAUCGUUGAUUUUAUUAAAAUCGUUUUGCAUUUAUACUUGAAAAAUGAGAUCUUUGAACAAAAACCGGUAUUCUUGUAGUUUUUUUUCUCGAAUUACUUUGCCUCGUCGAGUUACAAGAACCCGUUUCGGAAUUCUGUUCGUCUGCAUACUUUUUUGCGCAAUGUCGUAAAACGGUCGCUUUCGAGUACCCCAAAAAAUUGCAUAAUAUCGGUCGGCGAAUUAUUGCCGCUCUUCGAUUAUAUUCCGCGCUUGGUCUUAUUAACUCGGACAUUUUGAAAUCAUACACGUUUUACAUAUACAUCUGACUUACCCAAUCGCCAACAAUCAUCUACUGCUAAAGUCACAUGUAUAGAGAACUAUAGAGAAAUUCAAAUUGAAUUGUGUCCGAAUUUAGUUGACGCACCUUGUAUAUUACUAAAAUUGCACCAAAAUAUAAAAAUAAAUUAUAUUCUGUUAUUUGCUAUCAUAUCCAAUUUUUUAAAAUAAUAUAGAUGAAAGGAACAACCAUUAAAAAAGCAUA